UUUGAUAAGCUGUGGAAAGAUUGGCCCCAUGAGUGCUGCUCAAUACAAUACAGGAACCAUGUCUCGACUUAAGUACCCCAUUGAUCAGUCUAGCGCCAGGGAUGUGAUGAAGAAGUUUUCGGACAUGGCAUAUUCUCUGGUUCAUAUAAAUAUAUUUCAGGAAGCAAUUCGUAUUUUGUACAGUGAAGAUUUCGUCAUGAGUAUUGAUCUUUCCAAGCGCUUGCAGUUCCGUUGUUUGAUUUGCAACAGAGAAAUGAACUCGGAGCAUGCCCUGGCAGAGCAUUGUAGAUCAGGGGGCCACCAAAAGAAUCGAGACAAGAAGUAUCGGGAGAGUGGAGAAGUGAACAUUGAUGCAUUGUCUGCAAAUUAUUCACCUCAUUCUAUUCAUUUUAAACUGCUUAAUAGCCAAGUCAACCCUUUAGGUUUGCAGAUGGUAGAAGAAUAUGACCGCGGACAUGGGACGACGUAUUAUAAAUGCAUCCUUUGUGGAGCUCAUGGCAAGCUGGACACAAUGUACCACCAUUUAAUUGGAAAAAAACACACCGAUAAGUACAUCAAAUCUGGUUGUGUAUUGGAAUCCUCGAUAUUAACUGUAAAUGAACGUGAAGAAAUCCGCCGUAAACUGGUGAAAGAAGAAGGUGUUAAUGUUCGAGCUUUAAAAACUAUCAAAGGUCAAGAAUUAUUCCCCAAAAAGUGGCAAGCAGAAGCAAUUACUAGUACAGCAUUAAGAAUGGCAAAGCUGUCCAAAAGAGAGUCCAGAUCGUCUUCUAGGUCCCCAUCACCAGGACCAUCAAGAAGCAAGGACUCCCGGAGUAGAUCUUAUCACCUUUCCAGUCAAAGAUCUCCUCAACACUCUCCCAAACGUUCACCUCCGAGAUCUCCCAAGAGACGGUGCACAAUGCCGUCUCUUAGACAAUCCCCAAAACCCUCACUCAGGUCUCCAGUAAGAUCACAGUCAAGAGAUGGAUCUCCACUGUCUAACUAUCGGAAUAAAUCUCCACCUCCAACAGUUACCUCUGUGCCAGUUGUUGCAAAGACAAACUCUGGUACUGUUGCACUACUAUCAAUACCUCUCCCACCACAACUACAACCGCCUGCCCCACCAGUUGUGGAAAGCCGAGAUAAGAGUGUUCAAAAACAUGAUCUUGAGGAACUUAUGAUUCAGUUCAACUUUAUUGUGAAAUCUCACACCAUGUCAGAGAGUGAUAUUAAAACUGCAGAGGAUGCUAAGCUAGCCAUUGAUUUGAUGUUCAAGAUUGCCGAAUCUCUGCACAAUGUCACCCUAGUGUACCAGGGAGAUGCUAAACUCAAAACUGAUGAGAUGCACAAUAAACUGAAGAAGCAGAAUGAGUUACUUCGGGGCAUUUUGGGAUACAUAAAACAAAGAAUGGAAUCGACCUGGAACAAGGAAAACUGCAGGUAGAACUAUUUUCCUAACAGUGUGAUAUCAUCAUGGGUAAUAGCACCUCUGUAAUACAGGUUGUAUAUUAUACUGUACUUGGAGGUGGCAUGGCUGACAGAUUCUGCCAAGGGUAUAAAGUGUGAAAACUAUCAACACUACAAAUUUCAAAAGUGCUUUUUUUCAUAUCAGCGUAUGGCCGCUGCGUGCUCAUGCACACACACUGCCCACCUCCCCCUUCAUCAUGUCAGUAUCAAACUACAGUAAACCCUCCCAUUACUGGACUGAGUCACGCAACCCUUAUCCAUUAUUUUUGCCUGGACCCAAAUUUGUAAAAGCAGGCAAAGCUUUUGUAUUUAAAAAAAGUGGUGUCAAUUUAAAAAAUUUGUACAAGUGAAUUUUUGUAUCACAAAGGAUGCCUAUAAUUUGUUCUUGCCAAAUGAAAAUUACAAUUCUUACUCGAGGAACAUCUGUUAUCAUGUACAUAAACAUGCAGGUAUGUUGACAUCUCUACAAGUAAAUGUGUCUGUUCCUUCUCUAAAAUAUUGCCUGGGGUAUUUGGUGGCGUGGUAUUGGUUACAUACAGCUGCACGCUCAUGAUCAGCUGGGAGUAUGUAUUUAACACUUGUAAAUAACUGUCUCUCUAAAUGUAAAUGGAAACAAGACUUUCUGUUACCAACAAACUAAUUUCCAACAAAUUUUUAAUAUAUUCUAUCUCAAUAUAUCUAAGUUUGGAGAGUGAAAUUUUUUUAUAUUCAUCGGAACUGCCAUGGAUUGGGCAACUACCACUUCCCGGUGAAAUUUUCCAACGAUCCCAAUAGCAAACCUGAUCCACCGGGAUUGCCUUUGGUGUCUGUGGCGCCCAUGAAUAACCACACCUGACGAUGCUCCCAACCGGUCGGGUGGUGUAACGACCCUAUAUCACCUCGGUGGCUGUUCAUUAGACCUUACCUGACAUUUGCCGCAGUCACCUGCCUGGCCACGUCACUUGACGUCCCUAUAAAAACUCCCUCUGUAUCUGUUCUUUCCACACUGCUGAAAAUGAGUGUAGGUUAGGGUAAAAAUAUACAGUGCUCUGUUUUAUCUUUCCAUAUUGCAAUUAAUAGAAGUGUGUACAGUUAGAUAUAGUAAUAGUGUACUGUACAUGUAUAAGUUGUCCUCAUUUGUAAAAAAGUAAGGGAUUUUUAAAUGUCAGUGUCUUUUGUUAUUACUUUCUUGUCAAAGUAAGAUAAAAAAUCUGUUAAUUUUAGUUUUAAUAAAAUAUGA